GUGAUCAUGGGGCCGGUUAGAGGAUUCAGGAAGAGGAAGAGGGCCGAGAAGAAGGCGGAGAGGUGCGCCGCGGCUGCGUUGACGGCGUCGGGACAGGGAACUGGUGAUUGGUGGGAUGACUUCUCGAGAAGGAUUACAGGACCUUUAUCUUCAUUAAAAGAACCAAAAAGAUUUGAGUCUGUUUUCAAGAUUUCAAGGAAGACCUUCAAUUACAUAUGCUCAUUGGUGAGGGAGGACUUGAUGGCAAAGACAUCUAACUUUACAUUCUCAGAUGGAAAGGUCCUGUCUGUGGAUGAUCAAGUAGCUGUUGCUCUAAGAAGGUUGGGUUCUGGUGAGUCACUACUGAACAUAGGAAUAUCCUUUGGUAUGAACCAUUCAACUGUCUCCCAAGUGACUUGGCAAUUUGUGGAGGCUAUGGAAAAGAGAGGAAUUCACCACCUCCGAUGGCCAAGCUCUGAAGAGAUGGAAAUUAUAAAGUUCAAAUUUGAGAAAAUCCGCGGUCUGCCCAACUGCUGCGGUGCCCUUGACACCACCCACAUCUUGAUGUGCUUGCCUUCUGUAGACUCUUCCAACAAAGUGUGGACUGAUUAUGAGAAAAAUCAUAGCAUGGUCCUGCAGGCUAUUGUGGACCCUGAGAUGAGAUUCCGGGACAUUGUCACUGGCUGGCCAGGUAGCAUGAAUGAGUUACUAGUGCUGCACAAUUCAGGAUUCUCCAAACUGUGUGAGAAAGGAGCAAGGCUGAAUGGGAAAAAAAUGGAGCUUUCAGAAGGAUCGGAGGUGAGGGAGUAUGUGAUCGGAGAUGCCAGCUUUCCCCUCCUUCCCUGGCUUCUCACUCCCUACCAAGGGAAGGACCUUUCAGAUUCCAAAGUUGAGUUCAACAAGCGACACUCUGCAACCAGAAUGGUGGCACAGAGGGCAUUGGCAAGACUGAAAGAUAUGUGGAAGAUUGUUCAGGGGAAAAUGUGGAGACCUGAUAAACAUAGAUUGCCAAGGUUUAUUCUUGUUUGCUGCUUGCUGCACAACAUAGUCAUAGACUUGGAAGAUGAAGUGAGGGAUGAGAUGCCACUGUCUCACCAUCAUGACACCAACUACAAGCAGCAAUACUGUGAUGUGGCGGACGAGUUUGGAGUUGAACUGAGAGAUGAGUUAACUCAGUACUUGUCUGGUAGAUUGCCAAGCUGAAAUGAAUGCUCAACAUCUUUUGCUUGUCUUUUAUAUAGCCAAAGAUGAGUAUUGAUAGAUGAUGAACUUAAAUUCAGCUUUCUGUGCCGAAUUCAGUGGCUAAGAGGCACUCAGGUUCUCUGUUUUCAAUGCUGGCCUCUUCCAUUCAUCUGUCUUAGGGCGGGAAUUACGGUAGUCAAGUAUGGAAGAGCAUCCUGCAAAAUGCUGUUGAUGACUAUCAUUUGUAGGAAACUUUACAAUUGAAAACAAACGUCACUUUUAGCAAGGAACUGGUCUUAAUCUGACUUUGUUGUUGUACCUUCUUUUUGAUAAAUCUUCUAGUGAGCGAUGCUGUGGUAAAGAAGAAAGAGAAUUUUGGAACUCUUUUUAAUUCAUAUGUAACUGCCAUCUAAGUGCCUUGCAUUUUUUUUUAAUGUAGGUUA